AUGGGCCUCGCAUGUUGCAAGGAGGAGGAGAUUGAUUUCACUGCUGAAGUCGAAUUGAAUCACUUUAUGUUGCUUCGUUCAGUCGGCAAGGGAGCUUUUGGAAAAGUUCGAGUAGUUCAACACAAAGGAUCAAACCAAAUCUAUGCUCUGAAAUACAUCAACAAGUCGAAAUGUAUAAAGAUGAAGGCUGUCGAGAAUAUCGUGCAAGAGAGGAGGCUGUUGGAGGAAAUCAAUUGUACUUUUGUGUGUAACUUGAGAUUCGCCUUCCAAGACGAUGAGAAUCUAUUCAUGAUACUAGAUUUAAUGUUGGGAGGUGAUUUACGAUUCCAUUUGGAUCGUAUGGGAUGUUUCAAGGAAGAUAUGGUUCGAUUUUAUGCUGCUGAGAUUGCUUGCGCUCUGGAUUAUCUACAUUCUAAGCGCAUAGUUCAUCGUGAUUUGAAGCCUGAUAAUGUUCUAUUGGACGAGAAGGGUCAUGCCCAUUUGACAGAUUUCAACAUUGCUGUACAUUUCAAGCCCGAUAAGCCACUAACUGCUGUAGCUGGUUCUAUGGCAUAUAUGGCUCCUGAAAUAUUGGCAAAGAAGGGAUACUUUGCAUCUGUCGAUUGGUGGAGUUUAGGUGUAAUGUUAUACGAACUCGCUUUUGGAAGGCGUCCAUUCCGAGCAAAAACCAACGAAGCGCUUCAAGCAGCUAUUCUUGGUGACGCAUUAAUCUUCCCUGCAGACAUGUCUCAAACUCCACUUUCGGAGAUUGGCAUAGACGCUUUGAAAGGCAUGAUUACCCGUGACAUAUCGCAGCGAAUGGGAUCAGCUGAGAAUGGCGGUUUGGCUACAUUCAGAGCUCAUCCGUGGUUUGAGAAAUUAAAUUGGGAAAAGUUACAAAAGAAGGAAGAAGAUGCACCAUUCGUUCCAGAUUCCAAAAAGGCCAACUUUGAUGCCACUCACGAACUCGAAGAAUUGCUGCUAGAAGACAACCCACUCAAGGUGAAACCAAGAAAGAAGAACAAGAAUGGUGAACUUGAAGCUCUUAAAGUCAAGGAAGGUGAAGAUCCAGCAAUAGUGAAGGAACUAAUGGUCAUGGAAAACAAGUUCACCGUAUAUGACUGCACGAAAAUCAACAAGCCGCUACCGUCCCAGUCAAGCACCAUGGCAAACACAAGCACUCAAGCCGGACUCAACACAACAGCACUACCUCAAAUCAAAGAGCGUGUGAAAUCCCCAGACACACAUUCCCGAUAUGCCGAUGUCAUGGAAGGACGUGAUCACGAAGCAUUGAAUGCCAAGAUGUUGAAUAAUAGUGUUGAUCAAUCGUUCAAGCUCGAUUCGGACUCUCCGACACGUGUCGUGCCUCCAGUCCUACCUAUGCCUACUCAAGAAGAAGAAGAAGUGUUUGAUGCUGUUGUUGAUGCAGAAAUCAAGGAUACUGUUGCUCCCGAUCAAACUGCUCCUGCACCUCAAUUCGAAAAUGCCGAGCCAUUAGAACAGCCUGCUACCCAACAAACUCCCGAGACUAUACGAGCUACCCCAUCCGAAUCCGUAGGAAAUACGGAUAUAUCUCAUGCCAUCAGUGAUGCCUCAUAA